GCGUUUAUUGGUGGUGGUGGCUCUGGGUUGAUAAGUGGUGGUGGUAUAUCUGGUGGUGGCUCUGGCUUGGUUAGUGGUCGUGACUCUGGUGGUGGCUCUGGUGGUAGCUCUGGCUUGGUUAGUGGUCGUGACUCUGGUGGUGACUCUGGUGAGUCCAUGAAAUAUGUCAAAAUUGAAGUGACCGGACUCAAAAAAAUUGUGAUCCUCGAUCCAAUCAAAUCAAAAAGAGCGAUGAUCAAUGUAGAUCCACCAAAUAAGGAAAAUGAAAAUGGGUUGACCCAAACCCAUGUGGGCUCUCGUUAUAAUGAACUCUUGAUAUAA